AUGGCGUCGCAAGGGCGCGGCGGAGGUCCAAGUAACUCCCGGACCAAGCCUUGCCAACAUUUCAAGAAGGGCAACUGUUAUUACGGAGAAAAUUGCACCUUUCUACAUGAAAAAUCUUCUGAUAUCGACAGCUAUGUGGCAAUUCAAACUCCUGUUGCCAAAACCGACCCACGCAAGCGAUACAUGGCGUGGAAAGGCAUGGUUCGUAAACCGCCUCCCAGUUUCCAAACCACAUCAGGUGUGAAGGAACAUCACAAGUUCUGGAAGAGAGCCCUCGAACUCUUGGACGAAGACAAUCCCGCACAGCACCAAGAUAUUGCUCGCGAUCUUGCCAACGACGAUUAUCACGGUCUGCAGUUCAUUGUAGACGCUGCCGAGAAUGGUUCCUCUGACGCCAAGGAGAACUUGCCUACGUCCUACGUCUUUAUACAGGUCAUCUCUCAUGCAAACCUGAUGAGCUCGCUAUCUACAGAGGCCUGCGUUGGAACCAUCUUUACAGUAUUCGCGGGCAUGAAUGGAGAACGAGGCAUCGGCCUCUUUAGUUCCAUGUGCGAACAAGCUCUUGAAAGCACUGAAUUGUUUUCCGAGCUACUUGGGACAACCACCCAGGCCGCACUUCGUGUAAUCAUCACGGCGCUGUCGCAACUCCUGAACAAAGUACCCCGAACACAGUUCUGUGACGAACUACCUGAUCUCAUUGAACAGAUGGACAAAGUCAUUUCUAUGAUCGCCGAGGACGCCCCCCCGAAAGAACUUGAAGAAGUUUCGGCUCACUUUAAGUUGUUGAAAAGACUGGUCACUGCUGCUAACGAUCGUCUUGCUGCAAGCGAGGACACCUCCGACAAACCAAAGAACCUCAAGGCCAUCGCAUCAACCUUCCCAAGAGAUCUAGAAAUUCCUGGAGGCAGACACGACAAUGACUUUGCCGAUAUCUCCAAGAUUGCCAUCUUGCCCACAUACGAAGAAGUCACCAGCGAGCAGGUGGAGUACUUACCGUCCACCAAUUUCACGGAACCCCAUGUGCUGGCAGACCCUCUGCAGCGAUACAUCGACUCCAUGUUCCGACUGGUCAGACAUGAUAUCCUCGGCCCCGUCAAAGAUAUCCUACGCGACCUUCUCCAGUCAGAUGAUUUGCUGAACGGCCGCCUCUCAAAUCCCGACCCGCAGGCACAAGUUUACUUGGAAUCAAGUAUCGAGGCCUUUGUCAGUAGCAAGAAGCAUGGCACUGAAGCUGUACUAUCUUUUGAACCACCUGCCCAAAUUCUUGGAAAGACGGCAGAACAGCAAAAGGCAUGGUGGAAGACAUCCUCUCGCCUGGGUCAAGGCACUUUAGUGUGUUUUGUUUCCCCAACACCUGGUCGCACGAGCUUGCUUUUCUUCCAGGUCACUUGCAAAAGCACAAGCAGUAGUGACCUCAAGGAGACUGACGAGCGAACAAGCAGCAUUGCCCCAUUGCAAGGCUUACCCAGCAUCACCGUCAAGCUUGCGAACCACAAUCGAGAAGACUUGCUCUUGCUGGCUAAACUCUACACGACCAAGGCUGUGGGUGUACUUGUCGAUUUCAACGGUGUGAUUCUGGAUACAUUCGUGCCUAUCCUCAGAAACCUCCAAACCAUCAAGUGCGAGAACCAGAUCGCGUUUCAACAAUGGAUUCUCCCUAGCACAGAUGAAGAGCGAAGCGUCACGACACCAGCAUAUGCUCGCAGGCUGGAUUUCACUUUUUCGCUGAGAUCUAUCACGAAAGACAAAGGAACCGAUCUUGUUCUUGACCCAGAGUUUCCAGAGAACCUAGAUAUCCAGGAGUUGGAGCGCGCGACAGGUUUAGACCAAGGACAAUGCCGUGGAUUGGUUGAUGCACUCACUCGUGAGUACGCGCUCAUACAGGGCCCUCCUGGAACAGGAAAGUCAUACCUCGGCGUCCAACUGCUCAGAGUUCUCUUGGCUGCGAAACAGAAAGCACACUUGGGCCCCAUUGUUAUUAUCUGCUACACAAACCAUGCCCUCGAUCAGUUUCUCAAGCAUCUCCUCGACGUUGGUAUCUCUCGAAUCAUUCGAAUUGGUGGCCGCAGCGUCACGCCGGAGCUCGCUGGAUUAAACCUUCGAGUAGAACGGCGUGCUCUGGUGAAUAAUUGGUCGCGGCGACAUCAAGAAGAGCAGACCGAUGUUCUUUUCGAGGCUAUGGACGAGUACGAAGAGCAGCAAAAGAACAUCAAACGAACACAUGAUGCCACCAAUGUACGAACCAUGAACCAAGCUGAUGUAAUUGGGUUGACUACCACAGCACUCGCUGGUCGGAUCGACAUGUUACGAAGUCUGAAGCCAAAGAUUGUCAUUUGUGAAGAAGCAGGCGAGGUCAAAGAGUCAGAUAUUAUUUCUGCUCUGAUGCCGGGGCUUCAGCAAGUGAUCCAGAUUGGGGAUCACAAGCAGCUGCGACCAAAUAUCAACAACUACGAUCUGAGUCUCGAGUCGAUGUCGGGACAGAAAUGGCAACUGGAUCGUAGCCAGUUCGAGAGAAGAGGCGAGGGUGAACCAGGUCUUGACCCAUCGCCACUAACACAGCUCAACGUCCAGAGACGAAUGAGACCCGAGGUUUCUCAGCUGAUUCGUGGAGUUUAUCCCAACUUGAUAGAUCAUGAGAGUGUGUUGGAAGCACCAGAUGUGGUUGGUAUGCUUGACAACGUGUUUUGGCUGGAUCACAGCCACCCACAGGAUGUUGGAGGAGACGGUACCCGGGUCAAAUCCCACAGCAACCGAUGGGAGACCAGCAUGGCAACGGCCCUGAUCCGCCACCUAGUCCGACAAGGCAAGUACAAAGCUGAAGACAUCGCGCUCCUGACACCCUACAUGGGCCAACUUCAACAACUCCGAACUGCUCUUAGUCGCGACUUUGAGAUAUGCCUUGGCGAUCUUGAUCGAGAACAACUUGCCCAUGAAGAGUUUGAGGAUGAGUCGAGCUCGAAGAAGCCGGUCGAAAAGAAGAAGUUGCUGCAGACUAUCAGACUUGCGACGGUUGACAACUUCCAAGGCGAGGAAGCAAAGAUCAUUGUCGUGUCGCUGGUACGCAGCAACCCUCAACGCCAAGUCGGUUUCCUUCGAACAGAGAAUCGCAUCAACGUUCUUCUUAGUCGUGCUAAGCAUGGAAUGUACCUGAUUGGUAAUGCAGCAACCUAUUCCAACGUUCCCAUGUGGGCUGAUGUUUACGACAUACUUUACAAGAGUAAUUCUGUUGGAACGGCACUCAGACUCUGUUGUCCUCGUCACCCGGAGACACCCAUUGCAUGCUCAGAGCCGGAAGACUUCUCCAUCAAAAGUCCUGAAGGAGGAUGCACUCUGUCUUGCUCUCGGAGAUUGGAACCAUGUGGUCACAAAUGCCAGGCGACAUGUCAUUCAGAGGCCAUGCACAAUGCAUUCACUUGUACAAGAUCUUGUCCUCGCAUCCGAACGACUUGUACCCACCAGUGUCCCAAACUAUGCGGAGAAUCGUGUGGUCCUUGCCUGACCAAGGUUUAUUGUAUCGACCUUCCAUGCGGGCAUACCUCAAUGAGUAUGACAUGCUACCAGACACAGAACCUGGAAGCGUUCAAACUUGCACUCACAUUCUUCCAUGCGGCCACGGGUGUUCUGGCACUUGCUCCGGCUGUCAGGGUGGCAUCCAUCCCGGGUGCGUCAAGCUUUGCGGUCGUCCAUACAGCACAUGCAACCAUCGCUGCAAUCAAGAAUGCCACAAUGGAGAGGCUUGUGGUAGUUGUAAGCAACCAUGCGAGGUCAAAGAAGACUGCUCGAGUUGACCUCUUGGAGUUUCGCAAGUAUUCAGAAAUUGACUUGGACGAAGCCCCCAUCGUCGUUCUCGGAUGCGGCCAUUUCUUCACAGGUGAGACUCUGGACGGUCUCGUUGGUCUUGGUGAAGUCUACCAUACGGAUAUGUCUGGGAACUUUACCGGUAUGAAGAACAUGUCUGGCACACUUGCGCAAAAGACACCUUGCUGCCCUGACUGCAAGAGAUCUAUUCGACAAUUCGCGACUCGACGUUACAACCGAGUCAUCAACCGAGCAGUGAUGGAUGAAAUCUGCAAGCGUUUCCUCAUCAAGGGCCAGGCGGCUCUGGACAAGCUCAACAAGAAGCUGGCGAAACUCGAAACUGCACUCGCGACAUCUCGUAGGUCUUCGUCUUUAGGCCCUCACCACACCGCUACCACGUUCUUCAGAGAGCGACACGCAGGCAUCAAGAGCCUCGAAAAGUCGGCAGAGUCUCUCCUGAAGCUCAUGGGUGAAGAGAACCAGCCAGCCAAGAAGCUGAUCAAUGCGAUCGCAACAUCGCAAUCUGCUGCCACUGGUGGUUUCAAUUCUAUCACCCAGUUGAUGGAAGCUCUGAAGCUUUCGCAUUCUGCGCCUGGUGACCAGUUGCUUCUCGGUGCACGUCUGGUAAUCUUGGAGGCUCAGCAGAUACAGCUGAUGGACGCGUUUAUGGUUUCUAAGUCAAAGGGGAAGAAACUACACGAGAACGCUCUUGAUCUGCCUUGCAUGGAUGAAUGGUUCAAGACUUGCUUGGCGAUUAUGAAAGAUGCGAUGGACGUGAAACUCAAUCGGAUCGUCAUUGCAACCAUACUCGGGCUUGCAAAGAUCGCAAGAGGUGAUGCGUGGACUGCAAAGCCCGAAGCAAGAUCGAAAUCGGCAAGAAAGGAGUCUGUGCACAUUAAGGUAGCUCGUGACCUUCUUCCAAUCGCUGUGGACCGUUGUUCCAAGCUAGGCGACAACGAUGUUCUCAAGAAGAGAGUUGGAGACAUGGUUGAGCUCUAUAAGCCCCGACACGAAGAGGUCACGCCUGAAGAACUGGCAUCUAUCCGGUCAGCCAUGGUCACCGGACCUCAUGGCAUGGCGACACACUCUGGUCACUGUUUGCGAUCGGAGAAUGCGGUAUGCCGAUGGAGACGGCAAGAUGUCCCGAGUGCGGCGCAGCAAUUGGUGGUUCUUCCCAUCGUGCUGUUGAGGGAGUGUAUCGAGCUGAGGAGAUGGAGACUCCUGCUGCUGAAGUACGACGUGAUGGGGGAACUGCUGGUAGACGUGUGCAGGAACAGGAUGGAGGACCUGCUGGUGGUCAGGGGGGAGAAGGCUGUGUCGUUAGCUGAGCACUCCUUGAGUCUCACACUUGGUGGAAAUACUUUAAUCAUGCCACGUAUGGUUGAUGCGAUGGGAAGAUGUUGA